CCCCGCCCUCUCCAGCUCGUUCGCCAGUUCCGGUCACGUUGCUGGGUGUUUACGCCCGGAGCCCGCCCCAGACCCCCUGCCUCGGCGCCCCGGAGCCCCCCAGAACCCCGGCGCGACCGCCCCACAGCCUCGCAGCAGCUGAUGGCGCCGCAGCCAGGCAGGGCGCUGCGGAACCGCGGGCGCAGCUAGCGCGGGGGCAGAGCACCUGCCUGCACCCGGCCCGGCCCGUACCCGGGCCCAGCCGACCAGCAGGUCGCUGCCCAGGUCCCGAAGGUGGGGCCCAGGCCUGGUUGCCAUGGACACCGUGUCGCUGGAGCACCAGAUCCAGAGCGCACAACGCCACAUCAGCUUCCUGAAAAAGGAGCAGAUGGCCCUGCUGCGGGACCUGCACCUGGAGAUCCUGCGGCUGCAGAAGCGCUGCUCAGAACUGACCCGGGACCUGGAGAUGAGAGAGGCGCAGUCCCACCAGCAAGAGGAGGCGUCCCGGGAGCUGGAGAGCAAGUGCCGGGCCCUGGAGUCGCAGGUGGCGGCGCGGGCCGCAGCGAACGCCGAGCUGCGGCGGGAGGUGGCGCAGCGCGAGGCCCUAGUGACAGCGCUGCGCUGCAGCCUGCGCGCCGAGGAGCGCCGCUUCCUGGAGGAGCUGCGGCGCCGUAGCCACCGCGCCACCGUGCUGGGCACCGAGCUGCAGAAGCACACCGAGGCGGCCGCCUACCUCUCCUGCCAGCUGCACGCCGCGCGCCAGAGACUGCAGGCCCCGCGCCCGGGCCCCUCCGCUGCCGCCGCCGCCGCCGCCGAGCCCCGACCCCGCCGGCGCCCACAGCGGGCCCGUCGCCCGCCUACCGACGCCGCCGCCGCCGCCAAGGGCCCCAGUCGGGACUGGGCCGCCUGGGACCGCGCGGCCUGCGCCCUGGACGACGCCGAGCCCAUGCCUGACCCCGCGCUCUUCCUUAACGCCCGGAGGCCCCCGCGGCCCAGCGGCCGCAGCCCGCGCCAGCCGCCUCCCCAAGAGCCCUCGGACCAAGCCGGCCCACAGCCGGGGCCCUGCCGGAGCCCACCAGCAGCGCCCGGCCCGCCCAGCGCGCCCGGGGACCCGGAGUAGGCGCAGGGCUGGGGGCAGUCGGAGAAGAGCCGGCCAAGGGCCCGGCUAGGGACGCAGGCUGCCCCGCAGGCAGGUCCCGGGACUAAAGGCAGCCACCCCACCUCCGGGGAGAGGGCCUUUCGGCGGCCCCAGCUCCCCACCCGCUCCAGCCACCCCUGCCUUUUGUAUCCCCCGGCGUGGCCAAAGCUUCGAGCUCUCCCCUCCCACGAGGGAGCGGUUGCACCUCGUUCCAGGUGGGGACCCGCGCUUCAGACACUCCUGUGGUCUCCACCCUGCCCCUGGGAGGGGAGGGCUGGGACACGCCCUGCGAGGGAAUGCUGACAAUCGUUUGCCGGGAGAGAAAGGCUGGCCUGGCUCAGAAAGGAUGCAGAGUGGCACCCCUGGGCCGUCCGGCCGGUGCCCCUUCCCCCGCGCCGCAGCCCUUUCUGCCGAGCCUCCUUCCUCCCCAGGAGAGGUUCUGCCCGGUGGGGCUGAUACUCUGACCCCGAAGCCACUUCCCCUGCCCCUACCCGGUCUACAGACCCACUGUAGAAGGUGCGCCCUCACAGAGCCCCUGGACGGCACUGUGCGGCCUGCUGGCAGUCCCCUUCUGGAGGUGGCGCCCACAGAACCUGGGGGGUGGGUUUGUGGCCAGCCCUGGUCUGCCGCUGCCUCCUGCUUUGCCCUUCCCAGCCACGCCACCCAAGUGAGGCUUGGUGCAGGCAGGGAGCCGUGCCGGGAAGCCGUCUGGAAGUUCUCGUGGACCUGGUUAUCGGUGCCCAGCUUCCGGAUCUGCUGGCUGCACCCAGAAAUAGGGAAGGCCAAGGCCGGGCUGCUGGCCCAAGUUUGGGUUGCUGGGGAUGGAAGUGGCAGACAGGUUAGCCCCUGGCCGCCCCUCCAGGGAGUCCCUAAGCCAUCAGAACCUGCCCGCAGGUUCUGUGGGCUGAGGAGGUGGGAAGCAGAAUGCCCCUCUUAACUCCCCUGCUCACCCCACCCCCAAAGGCAGGAAGUGCAGUCUGCAUGGUUCCCGGUGCCCCCCCACCCCGGAACCUCCCUGCUGUCCCUCCUAUGUUGGUCCCCCAUCAGUCCUAAGUGCCUGUGAGGGAGGAAGGGGCAGGGACAAGUGUUUCCCGCCCUCAGACACUGGUCGCUGGCAUCUGUGGGUCACCCGGGGCUCCAGGAGGUGACCAGUCCAUCUCUAGCGAUGGAGAAUCCUCUCCAACAACCGCCCCCCCCGGAAGGAGCUAGGAGACCCCAACCCUGUCCUCUCUGUCGGGAGUGGGAAAUUGGGGGAAAAGCAGAAACCGGUGAGCCCGGCUUCCCAAUCAAACAUGCAGCCUCCUCCCAGGGGACCCUGCCCAGCACUGCUGAGACCCCUGAGCAGUACCAGGCCUAGCCUGGGGGGUCCUGCUCCAAGGAUUCCGGGAGCGGGGAGGGGGGAGGACUGGGGAAGACAGUACCUGCAGGCUGCACCUGGGGGUGGGGGUGGCCUGGGGUCCUUGCCCUGCCUGCCCCCACCCCACCCCAUCAGCUCCUGAGGCUUGCCGGGGAAUGCAGUGCCUGGCUUGCUCGCUGUCCUACCAGAACCCAUGGAUGUGGUGUGGGGGAGGGGUGCGGCCUUGCUCCUCUCUUCUCCAGGGCGCCUGCAGGGCUGUGGGAAGGAGAGAGAAGGUCCCUUUCUGGCAGAGCCCCCUAGACCCUCAUCUCCCACAGCCACACUUUUGGGGUGAACAGGGUGACUUUGUUACAUUGAUGCUGUACACAGAUAGCGAAGUCCUUUAUUGCCCCCCACUCACUAAAAGCCAUAGCUAUGCCCGCUCCCCUGCCCAGUCUAUAGCAAUAGCCCUCUUUCCUGCCCUCCUCCUGGAUGCCGGGUGUCCAUCUCAGGCCCUGGGGUGUUCUGGUGGCCUGCCAGGUGACCCCAUCGGCACCUCCCAACCCCCUCUUCCAACACCCAGAGAUAAUGACUCCUAAUGGUUUGUGGGGUGCUUGGAGAUCCCCCAGAUGAAAGGUUCUGAGUGCUGGAGUGGCUGACUCACUGGCACCUGAAGUGUUGGGGUGCCUGGGAAAGGAUCUAAGGCAGCCCCAUCCCCCAGCAAGUAGGGGGUGGGGCAGAUACAGGUUCCCAUGGUAAUAAAACUGCCCCUCUCUUGAAAAUCACAGAGCAACAGGGUCUGCACCUGCCCACCCCAGGCAAGGGACAGACCCCUCCGUGCAACAGAAUGGAACCAGGAGCAACAUUCCUGAUCUGCCCUUGGCCUCAGCUUCCGGCCCCCCCACCCCAGCCUCCGGACACGGCUUAAGGGCCCAUCUGGCCAAAGGAGAACCUCCCAGCCCUGCCCUUGGAGUGGGUGGGGACCAAGAUGGGGAAAGAAUGCUUAUCAUCCCUGCCACUGCUGCAGGAGGAGGAAGGUUGAUGUGACACUCAGGGUCCCUAGGGAAUGCUCCUGCCAGGCUCCGAGUACCGGCAGAGCUAGGUGAGAAAGCUGCGGAAGAGGGGCCCCCUCUGUCUAGAGCCAGCGGGAGAGCAGUGGCCGUGCAGAGUGAGGCUCUGGAUCCCGUCCAGGUCCACGGAUGGGACAGCCCUCCUCCAUACAAGCAGCGGGAUGGGGUCUCCCCUGGGAGGAGAAGGCAACACGAGGGUGUGGUGCAGCAAUGCUCUGUGGAGAGGCCUCAGGCCCCGCCUACUGACCACAUGCCAGACUUGGGUGGGGUGUGUGCAGGGCUUCAGGACCUCCGGGCAGGAGCCCCCUGGGGCAGAGCAGAGGAUCCUGCUCCAAAUUCUGUUGGCUGCGCUUUUUAAUCCAAUGCUUUUCAGAGUAUACUCACUCACCCACAGAAAUAGGGCCCUGUGCUUUAGGGGUGACUGUCAUAUGCCUUAUUCUUAAUAAAAUAUCUGACAAACAUGUGGCUCAGGUCUGUU